GGCGCACGGCGGGCGGGGUACGGCGCGGGUGGGGGGCUCGGGACUGUCGGCGGACGCGGAUGCGGACGCGGCGGACUUAUUCCGGCCCCACGGGCCAUCAGGCCAUCACUACAAGCCCUGCACGUGGUGAGAAAGUGACAUUUGCCUAGCCAGCAUGUGACGGGCGGUGUCUCCACUUCCUGCAGGGGCUUCUGUUCCCUGACCAAGCCACAGAGCAUGGACCAGCAAGAGGGCCCUCCUCCUGCUCCCACAGAAAAUGAAGUGAAAUAUGAUGCUAAUAACAACGAGGAGGAGGAGGGGGAGCAGUUCGAUUUUGACAGUGGAGAUGAAGUUCCGGAAGCAGACCGACAAGCCCCGGCAGAUGCUGGGGCCCAGGGCCAGGAGGCAGGUGAAGCCUCCUCCCCUGCUGGAGGCGAAAACGGGACCAGCACAGAAGCCGAGGCAGUGGCAGAACCUGCCCCCCUUGCGGCCCCAGCCAGAGUGAACCCCUACUCCGUCAUCGACAUCACGCCAUUCCAGGAGGACCAGCCGCCACCCUCCGACCUGAGCGCCGAGGAGGAAGCCAUGGGUCUGCAGGUGCCCAGCGGGUACUCAGUGCCCGUGCCCUGCGGCUACGCUGUCCCCUGCAGCUUACCCCUGCUGCAGCCAGCCUACUGCAGCCCCGCCAUCAUCCGCACGGAGUCUGCGGAGGAGGAAGGAACUCUGGAGGUUGCUGAGGACCACCAGCCUGCUUCUCUAAGUUCUGCAGACCCUCCACUCAGUGGUGAUCAAGACAGCCGAGGUGGCAGCGCCCUUGCCCAAUGGGCAGCAGACCCUGCCAACACAGCAUGGAUGGAGAAUCCAGAGGAAGCCAUUUAUGAUGAUGUGCCCAGGGAGAAUUCAGACUCGGAACCAGAUGAAAUGAUUUAUGAUGACGUGGAGAACGGAGAUGAAGGUGGAAACAGUUCUCUGGAGUACGGGUGGAGUUCGAGUGAAUUUGAAAGCUACGAAGAGCAGAGUGACUCAGAAUGCAGGAACGGAGUCCCCAGGCCCUUCCUGCGCAGCAGCCACAAGAAGCAGCUUUCCCAUGACCUCACCCGUUUAAAGGCGCACUGUGAGGAGAAGGUGAGAGGCUUGGUGGCGAGCACGGUGGGCACCGUGGAGGGGCGGCAGCUGCAGCGCAGGCACCAGCGCAAGAUGCAGAAGCUCAUGAAGGCCGCCAGGGAGGGCACCAAGGACGGGCUGGAGAAGACGAGAGCCGCGGUGAAGAGGGGCCGCUCCUUCAUCAGGACCAAGUCCCUCCUAUCUCAAGAUCACAGGUCUGGUCUCGAUGAGGAGCAGAGUCUGUUCAUUGACGUGGACUGCAAGCACCCAGAGGCCGUCCUGACACCGAUGCCCGAGGGUUUAUCCCAGCAGCAGGUUGUGAGAAGAUAUAUUCUGGGUUCCAUUGUUGAAAGUGAAAAGAACUAUGUUGAUGCUCUUAAGAGGAUUCUGGAGCAAUACGAGAAGCCGCUGUCGGAGACGGAACCGCGGCUCCUGAGUGACAGGAAGCGGAAGGUGGUGUUCUACCGGGUCAGGGAGAUCCUGCAGUGCCACUCCAUGUUCCAGAUCGCGCUGGCCAGCCGCGUGUCCGAGUGGGAUGCCGUGGAGACCAUUGGCGACGUCUUUGUGGCUUCGUUCUCCAAGUCCAUGGUGCUGGACGCCUACAGCGAGUACGUGAACAACUUCAGCACAGCCGUGGCGGUGCUCAAGAAGACCUGUGCCGCGAAGCCUGCUUUUCUGGAAUUCCUGAAGCAGAGCCAGGAGAGCAGUCCAGACAGGGUCACACUCUACAGCCUGAUGAUGAAGCCCAUCCAGAGGUUCCCGCAGUUCAUCCUCCUGCUCCAGGACAUGCUGAAGAACACGUCCAAAGGACACCCCGACAGGCUGCCCCUGCAGAUGGCGCUGACAGAGCUCGAAACCUUAGCGGAGAAGUUGAACGAAAGAAAGAGGGACGCGGACCAGCGCUGUGAGAUCAGACAGAUAGCCAAAGCCGUGAACGAAAGGUACCUGGACAAGCUCCUCAGCAGUGGAAGUCGGUACCUCAUCCGGUCCGACGACGUGAUCGAGACGGUUUACAACGACAGGGGUGAAGUCGUCAAGACCAAGGAGCGCCGGCUGUUCAUGCUCAACGACGUGCUGAUGUGUGCCACGGCCAGCCCCCGCACCUCCCAGGAGAGCCGUUUCCCAGCCAGCCAGAGGUACUUGCUGAAGUGGAGUGUGCCUCUAGGGCACACGGACGUGAUCCAGUAUGGCCCCGGCACAGGGCACCAAGGCAGGUGCCCCACCACACAUGCGCCCGAGAGCCUGGCCGUGGUCCCUAAUGCGAAGCCACACAAAGUUUACAUGGGUCCAGGACAGCUGUAUCAAGAUCUGCAAAACCUGCUGCACGACCUGAACGUUGUGGGCCAGAUUGCUCAGCUGAUAGGAAACCUUAAAGGGAGCUAUCAGAACUUAAACCAGUCCGUAGCCCAUGAUUGGACAUCAGGUUUACAAAGACUGAUUCUGAAGAAAGAGGAAGAAAUCAGAGCUGCUGACCGCUGCAGAAUUCAGCUACAGCUCCCGGGAAAGCAGGACAAGUCUGGGCGGCCCACUUUCUUCACGGCUGUGUUCAACACGUUCACGCCUGCCAUCAAAGAGUCCUGGGUCAACAACUUGCAGAUGGCCAAGCUCGCCCUGGAGGAGGAGAACCACCUGGGCUGGUUCUGCGUGGACGAUGAGGGCAGUCACACCAAGAAGGAGACGCACCCUCUCCUCGUGGGACACAUGCCGGUGACGGUGGCCAGGCAGCCAGAGUUCAAGAUCGAGUGUGCUGCUUAUAACCCCGAGCCUGACUUCCAUCAUGAAGGCCAGCCAGAGCCGUCCCCCGCGGCGCGUGGCUUCCUGUGGAUUGGAAGUUGUAGUGACCAGAUGGGUCAGAUUGCCAUUGUCUCCUUUCACAACUCCACCCCCAAAGUCAUCGAGUGCUUCAACGUCGAAUCCCGCAUCCUGUGUAUGGGGUACAUUCCUGCCGAGGAGCAGCAGCGGGAGCCCAGCACCAUUGUGGACCCUGAGGCCCAGGCCACCAGAGCAUCUGAAGUGCCCACCAUCUGUGUGGGCACGGAGGAGGGAAGGUAUGGAUCCUGGAAUUCAGAACCUCAAAAAGUGAUCAGACUGGGCGUCCUGCCAGUUAGAAGCCUCCUGCUGAUGGAAGACACCUUGUGGGCAGCGUCUGGCGGUCAGGUGUUCCUCAUCAGCACAGAGACUCAUGCUGUGGAGAGUCAGCUGGAGGCCCACCAUGAAGAAGGAAUGGUCAUCUCCCACAUGGCCGUGGCCGGCGUGGGCAUCUGGAUCGCCUUUACCUCGGGGUCCACCCUUCGUCUCUUCCACACAGAGACCCUGAAGCACCUGCAGGACGUCAACAUCACUGCCCCUGUGCACAGUGUGCUGCCAGGGCACCAGCGGCUCUCUGUGACCAGCCUCCUUGUCUGCCACGGCUUGCUGAUGGUCGGCACCAGCCUGGGUGUGGUUGUGGCCCUGCCGGUCCCUCGACUGCAGGGGAUCCCCAAGGUGACCGGAAGAGGCAUGGUCUCCUACCACGCUCACCACGGCCCUGUCAAGUUCAUCGUCAUGGCCACAGCGUUACACAAGAAGGACCAGGACCAAGCCAGGGAUAGCCCACCUCCUGGCCUCGAGCCCCAGGAAGAGGACCAGAGGGACGUGCUCCCCACUGAGGGCACUGGCGCCAGUCCGAGCCCAGGCGACCUGGACACAGCCAUCUGGUUGGCAGACUCGUGGGGACCAGUGAAUCACAAGAGUGACCUGUCCUCUUCAUCUGGGUCCCUGAGCCUAUCCCAGGGCUCCAGCUCACUCGAGCACAGGUCUGAGGACAGCAGCACCUGUGACCUCUUGAAGGACCCCACUGCCCCCCCGAGAAGCAGGGCACGUCGGCCCAGGAAGGCCAAGGCCAGCUCGGUGCUGGUGGUGUGUGGGGGCCAGGGCCACCGGCGGGUGUGCCGGAAAGGCCGGCAGCAGCCCCCGGAGGAGAUGGUGUCCUCUGUGAUGGUCUGGCAGAUCCCACUGCUGAGCGCGUAGGUGGACGCAGCCUCCUGGAAGGGUGUGGCCUUGGGGCCACCUCUCAGCAGGUGCAGGCCCCGUGGCUGAGGCCACCUUCACACGGGCAGAGCCAGCUGAAGUGUGUUUGGGAAAGAACGUGCAGUGCACCAGCGGCUCCCGCCUGCCCUCGGAGAGUGUGAACCUCUGCCUCCAUGUGCAGGGGACAGGGCCUGGUCCUCCCGGGCUGGCCGUCGGUGUCCUCCGUGCCCCCGCACCUUCUCCUGUAGUGAAUUCCUGGGGACAUGUAGCUGUUCAGUAAUGUGGGACUUACUAAUAGUAGCUCUCAGAAUAACUCUGCUUGGCUCAGAUUCCCUACCCUUAUUUAUAUAUUCUAUAUUUGCGAGUUCCAGGGUAGAAUUUAUAACAGUUUUUAAAAGCCAGGUAACACACACUAGUCCAGUCAGAAUGGUUUACCUUUGGAAGGGACCUAGGCUUUCCUAAGGGGUCUGAUGCUUGUACCAUAUAUUUUAACAAAGCAUUAUUUUUUAUAUUGCAUUUUCUAUUAAAAAUUAACAGUUAAAGCCAAUGUAUUAUCUAUGGUGUUUGACAAAUACUCUGCUUUGAACCAAAAUGUUCAGUGCCUGUCAACGUUUAGAGUCAGGCAUCAAUGCCAAAUCCUUCUUCCCUUGUCAUAUCUAACACUUUCUGGACAUCCUCAUCAGACAUGUGUGGGUUUCAGUACUGUACUGAGUGCAGGAGAGAGCUCUGAGUUUCUGGUCCCAGGCAUUUCUUGCCCCCUAGACCUGGAGUGCUGUGCACGUUUGAAAUCUCAUCCUGAGGACUCACAGGUGUGCUGCUGGCCUGGAAGCACCAGGAGGAAUGCCCCCACUCUGUCAUGGAAAUGUCCCUGCAGGACACUGCUGCUGGCCUGGGAGCAGCCCAGAGGAGAGCCCCACUCUGCCCUGGGUUGGCCCUCUGCAGCUGCAAGCCCAUGCUGCCUGCUGGGAUGCACGCCACUGCUGAGCUCCGUCUGUUCUUCCUGUGUUUCUGUACCAUGUGCUAGUACCUGGUGAAGUGGGGUCAAAACAGUAAGAAAAAAGCCUAUUGCAGGCAUCCCCCAGAAACAUUUCUUGGCACUUUACAGAUGACUAAAAAUGCUAAUUUUAUGACUUAGCCAAAUAUUUUCUGAGUUGCAUAUACACUUCCAAGCUUUCUUAAACUGUUAGCUGCUAUCUCCUUUCAUAAAUAAAGUCUUGUUAUUAAAAAAGAAA